AUGGCUCGAAAGACAGUGUACCUUCCCACGAAGGACUAUGAACUUCCGGAUAUCGAUCUACUGACAUUGAUCUACGAAUCGCCGGAAUCAUGGGCCACUGAAUCGACGGUCGUACAUGCCGAAGCGGCUCUACCGUCCAACUGUAUCACCAAAGCCCAGGCGCGCGAAUAUACCAGGAGAAUUGCCUAUCACUUGCGACACACGUACGGCGUAGGCGCAGAAGGACCCGGUAAAGACGUGGUCGUCUCGAUUUCGUCAGGCCAGAUCCUCCUGCCCACAGUUUUCUACGGUGUCAUUGCAGCAGGGGGCGUGUAUUCUGCGGCAAGCUCGAGCUUCACCCCGCUAGAACUAGCACGGCAGGUUAAACAAGGUAGGAGUCGGUUGAUCAUCGCCAGUCCCGACUGUCAGGAUGUGGCCGUCAAGGCGGCCGAAGAGUGCGGUGUUCCCUUAGACAGGGUCCUUGUGCUGGACACCAUGGGCGGCAACCGAAAGUUGCAGAAUGUGGUCGGCACGGGGAAGAAUCUGAUCGAGGGCGAGGGCAGGCCUGAUGAACGGCUGAAUUGGGAAGUCAUCACGGACAAGCACACGCUCGAGACCAGGGUCAUCUGUCUUUUGUACAGCAGUGGCACGACUGGAGUACCCAAGGGAGUCAAUCUAUCGCACAAGAACCUCGUUUCGGAAGGAUUGAUCCCCCAAUACCUGAUGCGAGAGUACUUCAACCGCCAAAAACGUCGGGACCCCAACUUCAAAUUCGAGUAUCGAACCCUGGCACAUUUACCCGCGGCCCACAUAGCCGGAUGUCAAGGAUACUUUGUCAACCCGGGAAUCGCGGGCGGGACAGUAUAUUGGAUGCCCAAAUUUGAUUUUGCCAAGUUUAUCGAGUACAACAAGAAGUUUGAGAUUACUUUCUUCUUCACCGUGCCGCCCAUUUAUUUGGCCAUAGCCAAGAGUCCGCUGGUCACCGACCAGUUCCGCACUUUGGUCCAUGCCGUGACGGGCGCAGCGCCAAUGGGGCCGGAGCUGACGGCGCUCGCGGAGCAGAAAUUGGGCGCUCAUAUCUCGCAGACUUGGGGGCUCAGUGAGACUACGGGCAGUGUCACGGGAAUGCCGUGGGACCAACAUGAUAGCACCGGUUCCGUUUCGCCUCUGCUGCCGAAUGUGCGUAUGCGCAUCGUGGAUGACGACGAAGUCGAUGUUGAGGAAGGCGCAGAGGGUGAGUUCAUUAUGCAAGGGCCUAUGGUCACGAAGGGGUACUGGGACAAUGAGCAAGCUACUCGUGACGCUUUUACUAAGGAUGGCCUGUGGUUUAAGACUGGAGAUGUUGGAUUGUUGAGGGAUGGCAAGUUUUACGUGGUGGACCGGAAAAAGGAACUCAUCAAGUACAAAGGUCUACAAGUCGCUCCAGCCGAGCUCGAGGCGUUGCUGGUGUCGCACAAUCUAAUUCUUGACGCCGCAGUCAUUGGUGUCCCUGACCCAUCUGGAUCCGGCAACGAAUUGCCCAGAGCCUACGUGGUGGCCGACCAGUCGAAAAUCUCGGCUGACCAGAUCAAAGCCUUUGUCAAGAACAAUCUUGCCCAGCAAAAGCAAUUGCGUGGCGGAGUCAUCUUUCUGGAUGCCAUUCCGAAGUCCCCGUCCGGUAAGAUUCUUAGGAGGGUGCUGAGGGAAAUGGCUAAGAAGGAGAGGAAUGCGCAACACGGCGCUAAGCUGUGA